AUGUGUAGCAUUGGUCUCAUAAUAGUAUUUCGUGGAAUUGUUUAUGGAAAUUAUAAAAGAGUGUGUUACUUCACAAACUGGGCACAGUAUCGGGACGGAAUAGGAAAGUAUAUGGCUAAUGAUAUCGAUCCGUAUCUUUGUACUCACGUGAUCUAUGCUUUUGCCAAGGUGGUCGGAAACAAUAUCGAACCCUAUGAAUGGAAUGAUAUAAAUGAGUGGGGUAAAGGUCAGUAUGAAAUGAUUCGUGAUGUACGGAGUAAAAAUCCUGUCUUAAAGAUACUGCUAGCCAUCGGGGGAUGGAAUCAUGGUAGUGACAAUUUUACACUAAUGGUAGCCACUCAAUCAAAUAUAGACGCAUUUGCUUCAAAUUCAAUGACAUUUCUCAGAGCUAAUAGUUUCGAUGGUCUAGAUCUUGACUGGGAAUAUCCUGCCAACAGAGGAAGUCCUCCCGAAGAUAAACAGAGGUUUACUCAGUUAGUGGAGCAAUUACGUACAAAGUACGACAAUGAAGUGUUGACUUCCGGGAGAUCACGUCUUUUGUUGACAGCCGCCGUGGCAGCCGGUAAAUCUACUAUUGAAAGUGCUUAUGAAAUCGAAAAAAUCGCAAAGCAUUUAGAUUUCAUCAAUCUCAUGUCAUACGAUUUGUUCAGUGAUUACAACAGUGUAGCACAACAUAACAGUCCAUUAUACAAAUCACUGGCUCCUAACGAAGCCUUUAAUGUAAAUUUUGCUAUCAAUAUGUGGUUGAAUGAAGGGACACCGAAACACAAACUGAUAUUAGGGAUUGCAACAUAUGGAAGGUCUUUUAUAUUACGAGACACAACCCAGACAGGACUUGGUGCUCCUACAAUGGGUGCAGGAACACCGGGAACAUUUACAAAAGAAAAAGGUUUUCUGUCAUAUUAUGAGAAAUCAUUAGGAGGUUAA